AUGGGAAAGCAAGUUAUGAAAACAAUAUUGUCUGAAAUACGUGGAGCAAAAUUUUAUUCGAUUUCUGUUGACUCUACUCCAGACAUAUCUCAUGUUGAUAGGCUGUCAUGUGUCUUUCGAUAUGUUUUGAACGAUGGCCCUAUAAUAAGGUUUGUGCAAUUUUUAAGCAUGAAAGGACAUGGGGCAGAAGAUUUGUUUAACAGUUUAUACAGCUUUCUGGAAGAAGCAAAGUUGGAUAUAAAAUAUUGCCGAGGUCAGUCCUACGAUAAUGCUAGCAAUAUGGCAGGAAAAUCUUCAGGGUUACAGGCACGCAUUCGAGAGAAGAACCCAUUGGCUGAAUAUGUGCCAUGUUUUGCACACUCCCUUAAUUUAGUUGGUGCAUCAGCUGUAAACUGCUUGACAACAGUGAGUGGAUUUUUUGAUUUUGUACAAAACUUGUAUGUCUUUUUAAAUGCAUCAACCCAACGGUGGGAGCUUCUAACCAAAGGAUUGGAUAGUAACCAGUUAGUUCUAAAACGCCUUUCUGAUACUCGAUGGUCAGCACAUUCUGCAGCAACUAAAGCAUUGAGCAAAGGCUUUAAAAAUGUUAAGACAGUGUUAGAAAACAUUGCUGAGGACCCCGAGGAGAAGGUUGAAGCUCGCACUGCAGCUGCAGGAAUUGCAAAGAAGAUGGAUCAGUUAGAAUAUGGAAUUUUAUUAGAACUCUGGACACCCAUAUUAGAUCGCUUUCAUAAGACCAGUUUAAAACUGCAAAGUCCACAACUUGAUCUAAAUGAGGCUGUUCAGCUGUUAACUUCACUAAAAGAAUAUGUAAAUUCACUUCGAGAACAGUUUGAUUUCUUUGAGAAAAAAGGAAAGGAAAUAACAGGGUCAACUUCUUAUAAAGAAGAGAAUCAGAGGAAACGAAAGCGAAGUGUUCAAUUAACCCGUCAUGAUGGAUCAGCUGAUGAAACAGUGUUUUCGGCACAGCAGAAAUUUCGAGUCAUGGUUUUCUUGCCAUCUGAUUUGCGAAGAGCCAGUAAAAACUUGAUAGAUACUUAUGUAGAUGAUUUGGAAGAGUCAUUUGAAGAUGAAAUACUUCACUUCAAAGAAUAUUUGUUAGCUGAUACGUACUUGCAACAGAAUGAGAAAGAACUGAAAUGUAGCAUAGAGCUGUAUAUGUAUCGGGCUUUGAGAAACAGCAGUGCACUACAAGAUAUAUUUUCAAAUGUUGCCACAGCACUUCACAUAUACCUCAGUUUGAUGAUCACCAACUGCAGUGAUGAAAGAUCAUUCUCUGCAUUGAAACGGAUAAAAAACUAUCUGCGAAGUGCUUUGGGCGAUGACAAACUAAAUUCCCUUACUGUUAUGUGUACUGAAUCUGACAUCCUAAGAAGCUGUGACUUCAAUGAAAUUUUAUCAGACUUUGUUGAACGAAAAUGCAGAAAAAGGAAUUUUUGA